AUGUGGUCGGUAGCAGAUAUAAUCCGACUUUUCUCCCUUUUCUUCAACUUGGUGUCAGGUCUGACUCUGAAUUCCUACAUAAUCGCCGUGUAUGUCCGGGAAUGGAGGAAGAAGAAAGGAUUAAACGUGUCUGACAAAAUUGUCCUCUUGCUGGCUCUCACCGGGAUCACCUUCCAAUGUACUGUCACCAUUGAACGUCUGACUUUCUUUCUUGGGUCUCUCUCUCCACAUAGCAGAAGACGUAAUAUUUAUAUAUUUGCUUUUCAUAUCUUUCUGAUGUAUGAGAUCUUCUGGAACACGGCUUGGCUUUCCGCCUAUUACUGCCUGAAACUGGUCAAGUGUUCCCACCACGUUUUCCUUCAGGUAAAGAAAAGAUUGUCUUCUUCUAUUACGCAGCUUCUCAUUGUCUCCUUGGUGGGAUUGUUCCUCCUAACUCUUCCACUUCCUUGGACCAUAGAUAUUAAUUAUAGAAACAUGACCAGCGAUCCAUCUGGAAAUCGUCACGACAUUCAUGUGGAUGUCCGAUACGUUCCCCUCUAUAUGGUUCUAGGUUCUCUCCUCCCGUUUCUUCUGUGCUUCAUCUGCAUUGGGCUCAGUGUCAUGUCUCUCCUGAGUCAUGUCCAACAGAUCCGUCAGAACUCAUCUCAGUUCAGUUCAUCUCCACAGCUAGAAGGUCACCUCCGGGCAGUCAGGACCAUGAUCCUUCAGGUUUGCCUUUGCUUGGCUCUGUAUCUGGCUGCCUUGAGCAUGCUCCUGUUCUCCCCAUACUUAGGAAUGAUUGAAAAAGUCAUUUUUUUAAUAAUCAUUACAAGUUACUCUUCUGUUCAAGCCGUCAUCUCUAUCCAGGGGAACCCGAAAUUAAGAAACAGACCACCAACCCAUGAUACAGCCAUGUGCAGCAAAUAG